AAUUCACUGGCCUGACUCGGUGUGACAGAGUGUGUAAAGCCAGUGUGCACUUGCUUGUGUGUGCGUGUCUGUAGUGUGUGUGUGUAAGAGAGAGAGAGAGAGAAAGAGAGAGAGAGAGAGAGCGCAUGUAGGUGAAAAGAACUGCAAGAGCAAGCAAGCAUGUGGGUGCACACUUCUAUAUGAGAGAGAGAGAGAGAGGAGAAGAAGAAGAAGAAGAAGAAGAAGAAGAAGACAGAGCUGUAAGAAGAGAAGCAUAGGGCAAGUUGGAAAGCAGAAAGAAAAGAGAAAAAAGAAAGGAGGGAAGAAGAGAAAAGAGAUAGAGACAUAGAGAUAGUACAAUGGAUGACUAUGCCCUGUCCUUCUGGAUUUACAUGGCAGUGAUGUCUGUGUUUGUCGGAGGCACACUGAGGAAGUUCCUGGCAUCCCACGUCAAUGCCAUUCCCUCUCUAGUGGCAUGGCUGGGUGCCACGCUGCUGGUAGAGAGGCUGUGUGCUAUGUGUAUGCCUGCUGUGUUGGCACUCGCCAUCUUCUGUGCCACCUGUUGGCUCUACUCACUGUGGGCUGCCCCGCCACCGGUCCUGCCUGUCGAAGGCAAAGCAGUUUUCAUCACAGGGUGUGACUCAGGGUUUGGGCAUGCUACAGCAAGACGUCUGGACGCUAUCGGAUUCCAGGUAUUUGCCACGGUAUUGGAUGCAGAUAGUGAGGGGGCAAAGCAUCUAAGGAGUAGCUGCUCUUCUCGCUUGACUUUGCUUCAGGUGGACAUCACGCAGCCACAGCAGGUUCAACAGGCUCUGCUAACGACCAAGGAGAAGCUGGGCAUAAAAGGUCUGUGGGCUCUGGUGAACAACGCAGGAGUGUGUGUGAACUUUGGCGAUGCCGAGCUCUCCUUCAUGUCUAACUACCGAGGCUGCAUGGAGGUGAAUUUCUUUGGAACCCUGUACGUCACCAAGACCUUCCUCCCUCUACUGAGACAAAACAAAGGCCGAAUAGUGACCAUCUCCAGUCCAUCAGGUGAACAGCCCUUCCCAUGUCUGGCAUCCUAUGGAGCCUCAAAGGCAGCGCUAAACCUCUUCAUUAACACACUCCGUCAUGAGUUGGAGCCGUGGGGAGUCAAAGUGUCCACUAUACUACCUUCUGCCUAUAAAACAGGACAGAGCAGUAACAUAGAGUACUGGGAGAAACAGUACCAGCACCUCCUUCAGAACCUGUCACCAAGUCUUUUAGAAGAGUAUGGAGAAGACUACAUCCUGGAGACCAAGGACCUCUUUCAGAAUUAUGCCAAAUCAGCCAGUGAGGACCUGAGCCCCGUCAUUAACACCAUCGUGGAGGCACUGCUCUCGCCGCAGCCUCAGGUACGCUACUAUGCCGGGCCUGGCAUCGGCCUCAUGUACUUCAUCUACAGCUACUUCCCUGUGAGCAUCAGUGACAAAUUCCUGCAGAAACUCUUUCUGAAGAAGGUGGUAAUACCACGUGCACUCAGAAAACAGAAUGAGCUGAACCACAUCAAGAACAACAACAAUGACAUCAGCAGCAGCAGCAACAACAACAAUAACAUCACCAGGAUGGAGUAAAUCUGUUGUAGUUCCAGGUAUAUAAAUGACGCUAGAGGACCACUAAUGUAAUCAAUUCAUAGUGAUCCAAUGCUAAUAUGUGGAUUUGUUUUUGUGAUGUUUUAUACUGUACAAUGUAUAAUGGUUAUAUUGUUAUUUUGAAGGGAUUGUUGUUUUGAAUGGGUUUGAUUUCUGAAUAAUUAGUAAAAAAAAAAAAACAUUUCAGUAGAAAUUAAAAAAUUGGCUCCCUCUCAAUAUCAACUGAUACAUUCCCUCCAAACUUGUUUGGCAAUAUUACAUUUCACUGUGUGAGAACACGACAUGUGUAUACUUCAUAAGCCUUCCGAUUUUCCUUAUUUGCCUUGGUUACUCCACAGAUCAUAGGCUUUACUUUGCAUAUAAAAUUCCUUCAGAAGUCUUUGAAUCAACAGUGUAAAUCACUGAGCCACAUUACUAACCUCAAGUUCGUAAAGUUCACACCAUUGCUGCUACAGAGUGCAAAAUCCAUUCAAUCUAUUCAUGUUUCAACUUGCAAUUCAUCUUAUUCAUGUACAUUUUGUGCAAAGCUGAAACCUCAUUUCCAGCUUCCUCAGCCAACUACAAGCAAUAUAAUAUCCACCCACUGUCAUGACGUACCAACCUACUGUAAAUAACUCAGUUUUGUUAAGCAGCUCAAGCAAACCCCCAAUAUUCUCCCAGUUUUAUUUCACUGUUUUUUUUCUUGUUUUGUUAUUUUCAAUGCCACCAUUAUUUUACAAAUCAAAAUAUUUAUUCCUUUCUUUAUGAAUCACUUCAACUGUGAAUUUUUAUAGAAAACAAUUAAAAGAAAGAAAUGUAAAAUGGCUCACUUGUUCAUUAUUGGAUCAUAUAAAAUAAAAAUUUUAAAGAAAUCCA